CAUUCAAAAAUCAAAAGAAAUAAAUAGGAAGGGCAUUUUACGUGGCAAGAUCCCUUUGGACCAUAUAUAACAAAGAGACCAAAGAGACAUCUUUUCUCAAUAGACAAAAUCUACCCACAAUGGCUUUGCUUUAGCCUGGAAGAAGUAAGAGACAGAAUUCUUAGCUUCUUCAAAGAGAAAACUGAAAAAAAACUUGAAAGAGACCCAUUUGACAGAGAAUAUCUUUGGGAUUUUGCAAUUAGAGGAGAAAGAGAGACUUGUUGAAGAAUGGAGAGUAGUAUCAAUACCAGUGACAAUAAAAUGGUGGCAACCAAUCAAAGAAAAGGCUUUGGGGGAAUCAGAUUAGAGAACCCAUUUACUUUGAAAGUGGGUCAAGUAUUUACUGGCUUUGGCAUUGGUUGUGGCAUUGGUAUAGGCGUGGGCCGCCCUAUAAAUCUAGUGAAGAUGAACUGGGGUGGUUUGUUUAGUCCCAAGGACGAUGAUGUUUAUUCCAAUUUGCUUCCUAAGAAACCUUGUGCAAUACCUAUGCUGGGCCAAGUUAUGAGUGCAACAAGAGGUGCAACUGAUGCAUUUUCUGCUGUUAGCAGACAAGUAAAUGGUGCUUUAAGGAAGUUGGGAGCUAAGAGCAUUGAAGCAGGGAUUGGAUGUGGAGUGGGUAUUGGCCAUGGUUUUGGUGUUGGACUUGCGGUGAAGCCUGGGGUGGUGCAUCAAAUGCAAUGUUUUGUUAUAGAAGCAUUGACAAAAUUGAUGAUGAAAUUCGGAAGGGCUCCCAAUUUACCCUUCAGUGAAGGUGCUUUUCCUGUAUCCUUUCAAAGUGGUUUGACUGCAACAAAUGAACCCUCUAUGCGAAGCCCACUUGGAAACAUGGAGCAGAUAGUGUCAAAGCUAGCAGAUCCUACAUCUCAAGUAUUGCCUGGACCUGGAAAUAAGAGUAGAGGUUCAGCUUAUGAAAAAUUUUCAUCAAAAUCUCCCACUGAGACUUCUUUUGGAAGUCGAACAGAAAAGGUUCUUAAUAGUUUUUUGCAACAUCCAGUUUUGAAGGAAGACGAAACCAGCCUAAAUGAACUGGCUGGGCAGUUGCGUUCUGAAAACAAUGUGCUUCAACUGGUGUUGAAACAUCAGCGAAUCAUUGAGGAACUUAUGGAGGAGAAUCAGAAGCUUCAUCAGAUACUCAUGGAAGACCUGAAAAUCCCACCCGGCAAGCUUCAAGCCAGUUACUCAAGUAAAAUUAAAUCUCCAUGUUCAGAAUGCUUCCAUUGCCGAAGGAAACAAAGGAAAAAUAGAUGAUAACAAAGUAUGGUAAGUAAACUAAAGACCGUACCAAAGUUCUCAUUUGAUAGCCUUUACAACUGGAUUUUGAGAUCUGGCAAGGCGUUCAAACCUGAAAGUGCAGAAGUGUUGUUAACCAUCAUCAUUAUGAUCAGAUGGAAGAAGAUACCAAAGUAAAUCAAAUACCUCAAUGACCAACUAAUCAAGCUGAUUAAACAAUACACAUGAUUAUACCAAACAGAUGAAGUGCUACUGAAACUAACAUGCAAAGCAAUCUUUUCUUUUUUUAUUUUUUUCCCUUUGAUGUGCAAGUGCUUCUUGUUAUAAUUUCCAUUAUUGGUUUGAUUUAUUUCCUGAUUGCAGAUGUUAUUUAUUUAAAAAUUUUCUUUGUUCUUUCAAAAACACUGUAAAGUGAUAUGAACAUUUACAUCCAAACAUCGAUUGCAUGCACCCUAUAUCAAAUCUGCAAUUUUGCCUGCAUAUGAACUUUGCUUAGCUUUUGUUCAAUCUCAUCUCAACUUCAGGAGUCAAGAUGCAAGUUUUUAGGAACUUUUGUAGCAGGAUAUUCCUGCUUUCUUUGGAUAAA